GCAAAGGCCCGGCUCUCUUUGUUGGGCUCCCCAAACAGCUUUCCCUUCCUCUCCACCACCACCCCCUCCCCGGCGCUACAGCGGAACCAAAAUGCGAGGAGCCGCGCAGGGAGGAGACACCGAAGCAGGAGCGGUGCCAAAGGAGACAUGAGCAGCACGAAGGACGUAACCUGCAGGUAUUUUGUACAAGGAGUAUGUCGUGAAGGAAAUAGGUGCCUGUUUUCCCAUGACUUGGCUACGAGCAAACGAUCGACUAUCUGCAAAUUCUAUCAAAAAGGACAGUGUGCCUAUGGAACUCGCUGCAAAUAUGAUCACGUUAAACCUCUGGGGUCCUCUGCAUCCGGGGGCCCAGUGGGUUCUAGACCACUUUACAUUGCUGCACCACCAUUCCAAAGAUUUAACUCUCCAUCAGAGCAAACCCCAACUGUUACCAAAAGUAAAGUACACGAAUCUGGAAAACGUGAAAAGAAAACCUUAGUGCUCAGGGACAGAGACUUGUGUGGAACCAAUGAAGAAAGGACAAGGCCUGGGGCAGUAAGUGACUUGGCAUGUUGCAGUAUUCCAGCUGACAUACCAGAAGCAAAGCCCCAUUCGUAUUUAGAUGCUAUCCGCAGCGGGCUUGAAGAUGAUGCUGAACCUGGGAGCUCAUAUGCAUACGAUGAACAGUUAUGCCCCUACGCAGCAGCCGGCAUGUGCCAGUUUGGGGAUCGGUGCCUCUACCUCCAUGGGCAAGUGUGUGAAAUCUGUGGAAUGCAAGUGCUCCAUCCCUUUGAUCCAGAACAGAGGAAGGCACAUGAAAAGAUGUGCAUGGCUAGCUUUGAACAUGACAUGGAGAACGCUUUUGCCUUCCAAGCAAGCCAGGACAAGGUGUGCAGUAUCUGCAUGGAAGUGGUUUAUGACAAGCCCUCCGCAUCCGAAAGAAGAUUUGGCAUCCUUUCUAACUGCAAUCACACCUACUGCUUAUCCUGUAUCCGUCAGUGGAGGGGGGUCAAGCAGUUUGAGAAUCCCAUCAUCAAGUCCUGUCCAGAAUGCCGUGUGAUAUCCGAGUUUGUCAUUCCCAGUGUGUACUGGGUAGAAGAUCAGACAAAAAAGAAUGAGCUAAUUGAAGCAUUUAAGCAGGGGGUUGGGAGAAAAGCCUGCAAGUAUUUUGAACAAGGAAAGGGGACUUGCCCAUUUGGGGGGAAAUGUUUGUAUCUCCAUGCUUACCCAGAUGGAAGACGAGCUGAGCCAGAGAAACCACGAAAGCAGCUCAGCUCUGAGGGGACAGUCCGGUUCCUCAACUCUGUUCGUCUGUGGGAUUUUAUUGAAGACCGAGAAAACAGGAUGCUGCCAGUUGCCAAUGAUGAUGUAUCUGAGAUUGGAGAGCUUUUUAUGCAUCUUUCGGGCACAGAUGCUGAAUCUGCUGCUGCUCCCUAGAAUACCACAAGAUCUCUCCCGUGUCCAUAUUCCAUAUUGAUCCUUCUGUUUCUUCAGUAACUUUGUACCACAAUGUUAGAAUUAUUGUGCCAUGGAGACUGAGGUCCUGGUGAAAUUCUAGUAUGAGCGUCACUGUAGAGCAAAAGUGUUGAAACAUCAUAAAAUAAGUGGUUGGAAUAAAAGUGAUAGAUGUAAUCAUGAAGAGAAGAACUUUUCUAUUAGAAGGAAGCAGCAAUGUUUUUUUUAGUUUAAACGAAUAUUUACUCCCAUUUUAUUGAAAAAACUUGCUAUUAAGAUUUGAGGUAGAUCCAAGUAAUUGGAGGUUGUCUUUUAAUAUUAUAAUAUCUUAAUAAAAGAACGGAAAAAUACAUCU